AUGACCAGAAGAGCCGGACGUGGUAUCUCUCUCUCUUGUGAGCAAGUUCGAACUGUUCAUCAACCUCCACCUUGGAGACCCGCGUACUCUCUUGACCAAUGGGUUGCAAAAGAAGCUCGGCCUAUUAGCUUGAGACAGCUGAUGGUAUUUGGGCGAACCCUAACAGAGAGCCGCUUGAUUAGCUCUGCCAACUACGUCCGAACUGAGCUACCCACAAGACUUGCUCACCGGAUAAGAGACAUGCAAACCCUCCCAUACGUUGUUGUCACGAACCCCCACAUCAGUCAGGUCUACGAGUUGUACUACAAAGCUUUCGAGGGACUGAGAAGGAUUCCGGAAAUCAAGACUUUAGAUGACAACCAAAGGUUCUGUGAGAAGGUGGGGCAGAAUCUGCAGGAGCACUUGACGGUUAUCCCAAAACUGGCCAUGGGUGUAUUGGAAUGUCGAGAUUUGAUGAGACCAGAGGAUAUGGAUAAAUUUAUGAAUACGAUACUUCGCUCCCGUAUAUCUCGCCGAGUUAUAGCAGAGCAGCAUAUCGCACUUACCGAGACAUUUCACAGUCCACACCACUUCCCAGAGACACCUCUUCGUGAAGCGGAGUUCGUCGGCGAAGUACUUGUAAAAUGCAACGCCCAAGAGGUAGUAAUGCGCUGCGGUCAAGAAGUCGCGUCUCUUGCCUCAGCAGCCUACGGGCCGUCAACUCUUCUCCCAGAGAUCAGACUCACCGGCCACCUAAGCGCAACAUUUCCAUAUAUACUGAGUCACAUCGAGUACAUAAUCGGCGAACUCCUCCGCAACUCCCUCCAAGGCCUAGUAGAAAAGCAAAAAUCAAACCCAGGCCCACCAACUCAACCACCACCCAUCGAAGUCACAGUCUGCGAAGCCCAACAACACGUUAUAAUCCGCGUUUCCGACCAAGGCGGCGGUAUCCCCCAGGACAUCCUCCCCCACAUCUGGUCCUUCAGCAAAGGCCCCCGCUCCCUCUCAACCCUUCAAAACCUAAACCAAGUCCCCAAAAUGGCCGCCACAUUACAAGAACUACGACCGAACCACCCCUCGCCCCUCUCACCACCAAGUCCAUCCGCGAGCUCCCUCCCCAAGUCCACCGGCACGCCGCCAACCAAAACCGGUGUCCUCAUGCACGAUUCCAGUCUCGCUUCUUUAAGUUCUCGUGAUCCGAAUUUAAGAUUAGGCAUGGGUCUGCCGUUGAGUAGAGUGUAUGCGGAGUAUUGGGCUGGGAGUCUGGAGUUGCAUAGUCUGGAGGGGUAUGGUGUUGAUGCGUUUUUGCAGAUUAGUAAGUUGGGGAAUAAGAAUGAACAGCUUACUAUGAGGGCUAGUAUGGAUGCUGUGUAG